UUGUGCGAGAGAGAAAGACUGCAACGAGUGCAUCGACUGCCGAACCAGAUGGAAGGAGCGGCGAGCUUCCCAGUGCGGCUGCUGUUGCUGGCCAACCUGCUGGUAGCCACUGCAGGCGAGGUACAAGUAGCGCCGCCGGGGGAAGGGAUCCUCAACUGGGAUCGGAAAGAGUUGGCGCCCAAAGAACGCUUCAGCAUCCUGGCCCAUCAUAACCGUCUCAGGAGCAAAGUUCAGCCUCCUGCAGCAAACAUGCAGAAGAUGGAAUGGAGUGAGAACCUUGCCCGACUGGCACAGCUGAGGGCAGGCAGCUGCCGCAGGAAUGAGCAGGAACGGUGGGCUCAGAGAGAAGCACAAGAAGAAGGUGAAGAAGGGGAGAUUGGCUGGAAUUAUCACUCCUCACCGGCAGGGACCUUGUCUGUCUCCGAGGUUGUUGACCUGUGGUUUCGGGAGGCUCAGAAUUAUCACUACCACACGGGUCAGUGCAAGUACAACGCUUCCUGCCACCAUUACACUCAGCUUGUUUGGGCAACCACCAGCAAAGUCGGGUGUGGGAAACAUAUUUGUUUUCAGAAUGGAGAAUGGACGGAGAUUGUUAUCUGUGCUUAUUUGCCAGGAGGGAACUGGGAAAUCAAUGGAAGAACCAUCAUUCCCUAUAAGGAAGGGGCAUCAUGCUCUCUCUGCACCUCUCGCAUGUCAGGCUGUUUUAAAUCCUGGGACCACCAUGGUGGACUGUGUGAGGUCCCCAGAAAUCCGUGUCGGAUGAGCUGCAGUAACAGAGGCCGGCUGAAUGUGAGCUCAUGUCGAUGUGAGUGUUUGCCAGGGUUCACUGGGAGAUACUGCCAAGUCAGGUGCAGUGUGCAAUGCAUUCACGGGAAGUAUAGAGAAGAGGAGUGCUCCUGUAUGUGUAAUGUUGGAUAUGGUGGUGCUCUCUGUGGGGAAAAGAUGGAGUUUCCAUUUCAUACCUGCGAUAUCCAGAUUGAUGGGGAUUGCUUUAUGGUCUCUCCUGAAGCCGACACAUAUUACGGAGCCAAGAACAAAUGUCAGGAACGAGGAGGGAUUUUAGCACAAAUUAAAAACCAGAAGGUGCAAGAUAUUUUGGCUUUUUACCUUAGUCAAAUAGAGAAUACAAACGAAGUGACUGACCCAGACUUCGAAACGCGCAACUUCUGGAUUGGCUUGACUUACAAAAUGUCAAGAGAUUCGUUCCGUUGGGAUUCUGGGGAACUUCCUACUUUUUACAGCUUUGCUUUUGGACAGCCAGAUAAUCAGGGUUUUGGAAACUGUGUCGAGUUGCAAGUUUCAAGUGCUUUCAAUUGGAAUGAUCAGCGUUGCAAGACUCGCAACAGAUAUAUUUGCCAGUUCAGUGAGAAGCACGUUGCACGGUGGGCAUGAAUGUCCAUUAUGUUUCCACGGAGAGAUCUGAAACAAGCGUCAAUUUGUAUCUGAACUGAGCUAGCCACUACAAUAGAUUAGGUUCGGGGAUGAUAGGCACUGAGUCCAAGUGAAGGUCUGGUUCAGUUUUUUGGCCAACCAGCACUGUUCUGGCCAUCCUGACAGUAGGAAAGUAGUGUGUCCUUCAAUGAAAGUACUUUGUUAUAACACGGAGACCCUGCAUUUUAAAGAACAAGGCAAAGAAGAAUUAUUCUGAAACUCCUGGACUUUUAGUCAUUGAGGAACUUGGUUCAAAGGUUAAUGGUUCUGGAGUCUUGUCCUUGGUGCAUCCAAGAGAAAGAAAUGUCAAAUGUAAUAGUGCUCACUCUUAGGAAUAUCUCACCACUCAAUGUUGGGUUGGGUGGUGGGGAGACAGUGUUUUAUGAUUCCCUGCACAACAAGCUCCUGAACUGCUUAGAUGCAUUCCCCCAAAGGCUGCAGCAGUGAAAAUGAUAAAUGUGCUAUUUUAGCAGGCAGAUAAAUCAUAAUUAUGCCUUUUUCAGAUGCAGCAAGAUAUGCCUGCGACUUCACUGCGUUGUUUUGCUGAGAUAGAGAGGGAACUAAAUCUCAACUUUAAGGAGCAGUAAAUGUGUUUGAAUGCAUUUGUGUGUGCAUGCAUGCUGUGUGCACGUGUGUAUGUCUGUGUGCGUAUCUAUCUGUAUGUGACAUAUCUUUGUAUGUGUAUCUCCAUGUGUGUAUAAGGGACUGUGCGUGUACAUGUAAAUCUGUGUGUGUGACUGUAUGUGUGUGUAUUUUCACCUUCUGGCUGCUUUAUAAGUACCACAGUUAAAGUUUUUACCGCUCUCACUUGGUGCUAAUACAACAAAGGUAGUGUUACCACUGAUUAAGAAGUCUGUACCAACCCACCAUUGAAUAAGCUGACCAAGACUGUAGUUUAACCAACUAUCAUUAAACUGCCUGUUUAAAGGUCAAAUAAACGCAUCAAAAUGCUACCAAAUAAGUAGUUCAACAUUAAAAGUAGGAUGAGUGACAUUCACGUCUGGAAGUCUUUGCCAAACAACUCCAAAACUGAAGUGUCUUUUUCUGCCAGAAUGAUAUCCUCUUUUCCCACAGCCUCCCAGUGUGACAAACAGGAAAGUCUGAUUUGGGCUGACAUUGUCUGAGGUCAAUUUCACCAAUGCCCUGUAUAACUGAAGCAUAAUCUCCCUACUUUUGUAUUCAUUUUCACUCGCAAUAAAGCAUAACAUUAUUUUAGCUUUUCUGAUUACUUGCUACACACACAUACUAACCAUCAGUGAUUAAUGCACUCGGACACUUGGAUCUCUCUGCAUCCUCUCUUCAUUUCGACAAAUUGGUUCUUCCUCAUUCUUUCUACCAAAAUGGGCAUGUUCACUUUCUCACAUUAUACUCCAUUUGCCAGAUCUUUGCCACUCACUUGGCCUAUCCAUAUCCCUUUGUAGGCUCCUUAUGUCUUCUUCACAGUUCACUUACCUGCCUAUCCUUGUGUCGUCUGCCAACUGGCCUUCACCUGCAGAUUCCUUCUCCUCUCUCCCUCCAGAAUGACAUCUAAUUCCCUCUUAAAUCCAUUUACAACUUCUGAUUCAUGGCCUCAAGAUGAAAACGCUAAAAUUCACUUCUGAUUGUCUCCAUCUUCCUUCACCACAUUGAGCCUUCUUUCAUUGCUGUUUCUUCCCAAAUCUCUUUUAGGAUACAGAAAAAUAUUAGCAAAUCCAACUCCAGACCCACCAACACUGUGUUCAUUAAUCUGUAUUGGCUCCCAAUGUCUCCUUCAAAUUGCAGAAUGCAAUAGAGUGGUUGUGGCUUUGAUGGCUAUUCAGGCAAUUUUCUCUGUGCCAACUCUUUGCGAGACCAACUCAACCUGUCUCUUCCACGCAGCCCUGCAAUUUAUAUUUUGUCCAUGUGUUUAUUCAAGUCCCUCUUGAUGUCAACACUCUCAUGCAGAACAAUCCAGUUCUGAACCAGAAUGUGAAAAGGUUUUCCUCAUGAAACCAUUGGGCUCAUUUGCUGUUCAUCCAAUAUCCUUUGGUUCUCAAACCUUCUGCCAAUGGGAACAGUUUCUCCCCAUCUACUCUGUCCUGAUCCGCCAUGGUUUUGAAAGCCUCAAUCAAAUCUCCUGUCGUCAAACAUACAAUCAAGGAACAAAGUAGGGCACUUGGCCCUUCGAGCAGGCUCUCAGUAAGAUCACAGCUGACCUGAUUUUAAUCUCAACUCUACAUUCUUACCAUUCCCAAUAAUCUUUCAUUCCCCCUUGGUCAUAAAGAAUAUAUGCCUUUUGACGAAAGGAAUUCCAAAGACUCAUAAAACCCUAUCUUUGUUUUAAAUGGUUGACCACUUUUUUUUUUCAAAACUAUUACUCCUAAUUCUAGCUGACAUUUCAGGCCUAGACAUGAAGGGUCUAGGCCUGAAACGUCAGCUUUUGUGCUCCUGAGAUGCUGCUUGGCCUGCUGUGUUCAUCCAGCUUCACACUUUGUUAUCUUGGAUUCUCCAGCAUCUGCGUUCACGUUAUCGCUGACCCCAAAUUCUAGAUUCUGCCACAACUAGAAACAUCCUGUCACCACUGACCCGGUCAAGUUCCUUCAUGAACUUAGAUAUUUUAGUUAAGUAAUUUCUUGCUAUUCUAAAUUCCAGAAAACACAUACCUCGCUUGUCUAGACUUUCUUCAUAAGGCAAUCCACACAUUCUAGGUAUUAUUCUAGUGAACCUUCUCUGAACCGCUUUCCAACAAAUUAACAUCCUUCUGUAUAUAGCAGCUAGGGUGGCAUAGUGGCUCACUGAUUAGCACUGGUACCUCACAGCACCAGGGACCCAGGUUCAAUCCCACCCUUGGGCAACUGUCUGUGUGGAGUUUGCACGUUCUCCCCGUGUUUGCAUGGGGUUUCCUCCGGGUGCUUGGGUUUCCUCCCACAGCCCAAAGAUGUGCAGAUUAGGUGGAUUGGCCAUGCUAAAUUGUCCAUAGUGUCUAGGGGUGUGCAGGCUAGGUGGAAUAGCCAUGGGAAUUGUAGGGAUACAGGGAUUCUGGGUAGGAUGCUCUUUGAAGGGUCAGCGUGGACUUCAUGGGCCGAGUGGCCUGCUUCCAUAGUGUACAGACUCUAUGUCCAGUAAUCAAUAUUGUACACAGAGCUCUAGAUAUGGUCUCACCGAUGCCCUAUAUAACUGAAGCAUAACCUCCCUACUUUUGUGUUCAUUUCCCCUCACAAUAAAGCAUAACAUUAUAUUAGUUUUCCUGAUUAUUUGCCAUACACACGUACUAACCAUUGGAAAUUAAUGCGCUGGGACACUCAGAUCUCGCUGCAUUCACCCACCAUUUUGAUCAAAUGGUUCUUUUCAAUUCUUUCUACGAAUGUUGGCAAGUCCACAUUUGCCAGAUCUUUGUCCACUCACUUGGUCUAUCCAUAUCCCUUUGUAGGCUCCUUAUGUCUUCUUCACAAUUCACUUUCCUGCCUAUCUUUGUGUCACCAGCAAAUUCAGCCAUAGGAUUUUAUAACAGACUACCUGUUGGAGAGCGAGAUACACUCGGAGCUACCUGUCUGCUCUUCUUUGCCUGGCAGGCACCCAAUCCCCCUCCCCACCCCAGCUUACAUAUUCUCAAGUUGCAGGGUGAUCACAUCCAGAACCAUGCUCUCCACUUAACACUCAACCUCACAGAUGGACCACAGAGAUGCCAGCUGCUGCAUGGAACAUUCACCGCCAAUGUGUCCACCUGUGAUCGAAACGUAGGGUAAACCUGCAACAGGUCAGUUGAGUCGGAUGAUGCCUGGCCAUGUUCCUGUUCUUAGCUGUAUUGCCUUCCAGUUACCAGGCUCCAUAGAUUGAUCUCCAACAGCGAUUCAACAGUGUGAUGUGGGCACAGGAGCAGGACUUUCUGCUCAAUCAGAAAUGUCAGGGUGGUGGGGUGUCACAGGGUAAUGCUCAGAAGGUGAAGUCAAACCUUGGCUGACUAUAUAAUUUUUUUAAAAAACAUACACACCUGGCUCCAGGAAUGCUGUGGACCCAGCCAUCCAUGAAAGAUCAAAUCCAUUCCCAAAGCAUAGGGCAGGAAUCCAACUCAGACUCCCAACUUGCCCUCUGGUCUCAUCAAUUUAUUGACUGCCAGGAUCCAUGGCAAGAGGGAGCAGUUGAAACAACCAUCCUUUCCUGCUGAUGUAGGUUUGCUGCCUUUCUGUGGGAUCUCUAUCUUCAUUCAGUUCACCUCUCAGAGUGCUCUGUUCCUGACUACUCUGUAUUUAUUCCUCGCAUGGAUCUGGCUUUCAUCAAUCAUUGAAUUGAUUACAUUUCUGCUACUUCAAUAGCAAUUGAUACACUCUCCAGAUGUCCCCAAAGCACUUUACAGCCCACGAAUUAUGUUUGGAAUACGACCGCUGCAAUUAUGAAGGAAACGCAGCAAGCCGUUUACAAAGGAAUAUCCCACAAAUAGCAAUUCUAUAAUCACCACUUUUAGUAGUAGCUGUUUGAGUGAUAAAUAUGAGACAGACAAUACAUGAGAUGUACAACCUCCUGUUAUUUUCUUUUGAACUAGGGCCAUGGGAUCUUUUUACAUCCAUCUGACUGGGUACACCAGGCCUCCUUUGAAAAGGUCACCUGAAAAUUAGUACCUCCAACUAUCCAGCACUCCCUCGGUAUUGCAGUGGAAAUGUAGGCCUGGAUUUGUGCUUAAGUCCCUUUUGGCACAGUUCCCUCAAACAAAAGGCAUAUACAAUUUGAAAGAUAAUAAGAGGAUUAAAAUCUACUUUGUUCCAGCAACAGCAGAACAGAAAUUACACCUACACAUCAUCUUUUAUUAACAGUUUUAACAAAAAAAAUCCAUAAAUAGCCACAAACAUAUCCUGCUCAUUCUCUAUUUUCUUUUUAUAAAUCCGUGAUUUUGAGUGAUGGUCUGACAUGCUUCACAUAUUUCGGUCCCAAAUUGAUCCCUUUUAGACCAAAGUAAGGGUAUUAUUUCAUAAAUAAGUCAGACAAGGCAGGUCUAACCACACACUCAACUUAGUCCCAGUGACUCUGUUCCAUUGAUGGUGGCACUCUGUCUCACUUCUUCUGAGAGACUGUCAUUUUCCGAAGACCCUUUAUUCUAAGUAGCAGCUCGUUAAUAAAAUCCUAGAAUGGGGAUGGUAAACAAAGAAAACAAGUUUUAUUCUUAAAGCUCUUUUCUCAUUGGGAACUCUCAAUGCAAGUGGACGAGAGAAUGUAACUAAGUAUUCAAGAAACGAUAAAUUAGCCUUAAUUCUUUGCUCUUUAUUAAUCCGACCUUUGUUAAAACUCUGUUUCCUUCAGCCAGCCAGGCAUGUUAUUAUCCACCUGUAGAGCAACUGGUACUUAAACCUAGGCCUCCUGUCUGAGAGGUAGGGCACUACCACUGCAUCGCAACAGCCCUAAAGUUGGGGUCUAUGUUACUCAAAGUCUGUAUGCAAGGUCACUCAUAAAAAGGAAGGUGAACUGAUUGUUCUGAAUUAACUAGUCUAAGCUGAGGCCUGUCAAAUAAGUUACAGACCUGAUCUGGGGAAAAUUGAGAGGGUGGUUAUCAUAUUGUCAGAAUCAAAUUGAUAUUACGGACUGAAAAGCAUUGAGCAAGGUGAGAGAUGAUGUAUUAAAUUCACUGGUGCUUCACCUUUCUGUGUUUCGACACAAGGUAAUUACUUUACAUGUUUUGGCCUCAUAUUAAUAAUGUGCAAUGACAUUCCUGAGUUGAUAAUGCUUUGCAUUUUGAUAAGAUGUGGCAAGUUUCCUCCAGGGGACAAUUUUUUUUCCAUUUAUUUCCACUGAAGCUUCAUACAUGGCACCACAGCUGAAGAAGAUUCAACUGUUUUACUUUUCACACAUGAAAUUACUUGGUAUUUACAAUAAAGAAACAGGGCAUUUCCCUCGACGUGACCAGCCUCCUGUCUUAUUUCAACUAACCCUCUCAGGAUAGUCUUCUAGCCCUUCUGUCUCAUGUGUUUAUUGAACUUUUCCUGAAUACAUCUGAUAUUCGCAUUCAAAUCACCCUCAGUGAAGACAUUUCUCCAAAUUCUUAACUGAAUUUUGUACUAACUAUCUUAAUAUCCUACAGGUUCCCUACUUCCUCAACAAGUGGAAACAUCCACCUUAUCAAGCCCUGUCAUAACAUUCAAGAUUCAUUCGGCUAAUCCUCAGCCUUAACUUUUCCAUUUUCUCUAUUGUUGUACCCUCUUAUUUCUGGA